UCGAUUGUCAAAAUCCUAGUACGUCAUAAAUCGGCGGAAAUUUUUGAAUGCUACAAAAAUCCAAUCCCGCACAAAGCAGACACCAACCGGCUUAGACCUCCGUGAAUCUACGUUCAAUUUUUGUUUAAUAAAUAAAAAAAAGAAUUUUCACUCGUAUCCGUAAUAGUUGAAAAAAUCCCAAAAAAUACCCUCGAGUAUCCUUGUUAAAAAUAAAAAAUAUAUAUCACAUAAUAUUAGCACUAUUAAAAAUCGACAAUUCCUAGAUCCGCACAGACAGAGGUUUGCACUUCGAAGAAGAGGAUCAACGCAGAGCCAAAGUGCGCGCAGUAGCGAGUGCCUAUAAAUACGCAGGUGGAAGAGAAGCGAGUGAUGCACUCUUCUCGGUAGCUGGCUGCAACUCUCGAGUGCAUUUGCGUGGCAUAGUAAAUAGAUAUUGUACCAGCAGUGCCAAAUAUAUACAUACACAAGUCCCGACGCACAGUGCGUGCAGGCGCAUCGCGGAAAUUGACAUUCGUGAGUGUCGGCGUGUGCGGCAAGUGAAACAUUAGCGUCGGAGAGUGCAGUAACCCUGUGAGAAGAGCCGAAAGACGUUCGGACAGGAGGCCGAAGAUGAGAGAAAAAAGGAAAAAAAAAUUUCCAUUGACAAUUCGAAAAUGUCAAAAGUACAUCGAACUCGAGUCGCAUAAUUCUUACGUGUCGAAGAGCAAGAGGGAUAAUGUCAGAGCGUCAAGUGUCUUGGUGGGACUACGUGAUUUUCAUCAUUCGUUCCAUGGGGUCCAGGUUAAGUCUGUGGUGGUCCAGCAGAUAGAUCCCUGGGUCCCAUGGAGAAUGGCUGUGUUAGCUAGUGAGGAUGAUAAUGACGACGUUGGGAACCGAUAUAAGUCAAGGGACGAGGGUUCAAUUUCAUUUCACGGAAUUACACGGAAAAGGGCCCCGAAGGGUCUCGUGGGUCCUGGGAUGGGACUCUCUUUGGUGCUUGGGGCCAGAAGAGCGCUUUGGACUGUCCAAACGAUUUUAGAAGCGGAGGCGUGUAACAGCGAAAACCUAACGGUGCAGGAGGAAGAAGGCGGCGAAGAGCGACAAAGAUAGCACGAAAAUUGUUUUUUUUUUUAAUAUACGCAAUAUUUUUUGUAUCUUUUUUUUACCAGUCCUCCUGGUGCCCGUGACGUAUCGCCGAGUCGUGGAAAUUACAGUCGGUGCUUUUCUCGGUAGCUGAGAGCGAUACAAAAAAGAAAUGAAGAGAGAGAUGAAAAAGAAGGAAAAUCUACGAAUACGAGUGAAACGAGAGGAAGGUGAAGAGAGCUGGCAAAUAAAGAGAUAGAAAGAAAAGAGACAAUCGACGCGCGUUACUCGGAAUGGGUGUGCUGCUGGUCAAGUCUUCUCGUGAAACACUCGAUGAUCUCACGUCAUUCGACAGUCAUCGCCGAAGGAGAGGGUACCUAGUGAAAACGUCGUUUAAAAAUUCAUCAGCGCGAAAUGGCACGUCGUUUGAAUUCGAAUAAAGGCUUUCGUGUAUUAUGUUAAAUUCAAGGUAGCCCAGGUAUCCCACACGGGGGCAAUGCAUGGCUAAAGUUGUCACGGGGAAAAAUAAAAAUCAUCAAAAAACGAAGUGCUAACCGACAGCUAAUUGAAUGGUACAAUAUU